GGAGGAGUUGAGUUCUGAUCGGAGGCUCGGGGAUUGGCUUCUCUUCCUUGGCAGAGGCGGAAGGAAGUGUCCCAGUCUAAAUUUGUCGCUUUCCGAACUUCUGAUUAUCUCCCCUCGCUGGUUUGUAGUGCACGCCGGUGUCCGAAGGCAGCCGAUAUGUUUCGCAACCAGUAUGACAAUGAUGUCACCGUUUGGAGCCCCCAGGGCCGAAUUCACCAAAUAGAAUAUGCAAUGGAAGCUGUUAAGCAAGGAUCUGCAACUGUUGGACUGAAGUCAAAAAACCAUGCUGUUCUAGUUGCUUUAAAGAGGGCACAGUCGGAACUGGCAGCUCAUCAAAAGAAAAUCCUGUAUGUUGACAACCAUAUCGGUAUUUCAAUUGCUGGACUUACUGCUGAUGCAAGACUUCUGUGCAAUUUCAUGCGUCAAGAGUGUUUGGAUUCUAGAUUUGUAUUUGACAGACCUCUUCCAGUUUCUCGACUAGUAUCGCUGAUUGGAAGCAAAACGCAAAUACCAACACAGCGUUAUGGCAGAAGACCAUAUGGUGUGGGACUUCUCAUUGCAGGAUAUGAUGAAAUGGGUCCCCAUAUCUUCCAAACCUGCCCUUCUGCCAAUUAUUUUGAUUGCAAAGCUAUGUCUAUUGGUGCGAGGUCCCAGUCAGCUCGAACAUACUUGGAGCGGCACAUGACUGAGUUUGCUGACUGUAAUCUGAAUGAGCUAGUUAAACAUGGACUGCGUGCUUUAAGAGAGACACUUCCUGCUGAACAGGAUCUGACCACUAAGAAUGCUUCCAUUGGGAUUGUUGGCAAGGACAUGGAAUUCACUAUUUAUGAUGAUGAUGAUGUAGCACCAUUCCUGGAAGGUCUUGAAGAAAGACCACAGAGAAAGCCUGCCCAGCCUGCUGAGGAAACUGCAGAAAAGGCAGAAGAACCAAUGGAGCAUUAAUUAUUGUAGAUGCACUAGUGCAUAGGUUACUUCAGGCAGAGUAAUGCUGAAGCAUUGAUCUUUAUUCUGGAAACUUAACUCUGAGCAAAAUGCCCAUUGUAGUGAAGCAUUCUAGUGAGUCAGUCUUUAAAACGUAUUUCCAAAAAAUGUUAUGCUGGCAGCAAAGAAUUCACAACUGACUACUUCUCUUGGGAAGAAGAAAAACCUUUUCUAGACUGUAUGGGAGAUUGUUUUAUACAUAAACUUGUUGCUUUUAUGUCAUAAAGGCCUCUAUGAAAUAAACUGGUCUUUCUCGAAA